UAAUAUAUAUAAUGGUGAAUGAAAGAAGAUCCUUAAUUUAUUGACAUGUUUACUAAUGGGUAGCCCUGGCCAGGGACAGUCCUCCCAGUUUUGAUUCCAGUCAUCACUUUUGUCUGUUAAUAUAUUGAUUCAGGUGCAAGAGAAGCAGAUCUUACUCUGUUUUCGAGUUUUUUCUGAUAUAAUUGGUUGAAUAUGUUUUCUGUGCAUCUCAUUGUUUAAAAAUAUUCAAAUUUUCUUUUAUCAACCUGUCCCUGUUGCCCCUUCCCAUUCACUUUGUUUCUACAUCUGUUUUUAGUGUUUUGGUCGUUUUUCGUCUGGGGAUUGUUGCCUGUUGGCAGAGAGGCUUUUUGAGGCUUCUAUCCUGCACGCUUGUGGGUUGUUCUUCGUUUUCUUCCUUUGGUAGUGUUCCUUCUCCGCUGAGAUUGGAUCUGAACCAUCAAAUGGCUGUGGAAAUGAUGGCCUUCGGGUGGAAAUGCUUGUUGAGGACACGCACUCCACUGCCAUUGAAGUUGACCCUUCUCUAACAAUGCCUCAACAAGGGCUUAAGAAGAAGUAUAACAAACACAGAAAGCUUAUUGGAGUUGUACCAGAAACUUCUCCAAUAGCAGGUUCCAACAAGGAGAUAGAUGAACAUUCAGACGCGGCUUCAGCAAAAGGUCACCCAAAAGCGAUGCGUGCAGGUGCUCCAACAAUGUCUCAACAAGGGCUUAAGAAGAAGCAUAACAAACGCAGAAAUCUUAUUGGAGUUGCAACAGAAACUUCUCCGAUAGCAGGUUCUAACAAGGAGAUAGAUGAACAUUCAGACGCGGCUUCAGCGAAAGGUCACCCAAAAACGAUGGGUGCAGGUGCUCCAACAAUGUCUCAACGAGGGCUUAAGAAGAAGCAUAACAAACGCAGAAAGCUUAUUGGAGUUCCACCAGAAACUUCUCCAAUAGCAGGUUCUAACAAGGAGAUAGAUGAACAUUCAGACGGGGCUUCAGCAAAAGAUCACCCAAAAGCGAUGAGUGCAGGUGCUCCAACAAUGUCUCAACAAGGGCUUAAGAAGAAGCAUAACAAACGCAGAAAUCUUAUUGGAGUUGUAACAGAAACUUCUCCGAUAGCGGGUUCUAACAAGGAGAUAGAUGAACGUUCAGACGCGGCUUCAGCGAAAGGUCACCCAAAAGCGAUGGUUGCAGGUGCUCCAACAAUGUCUCAACGAGGGCUUAAGAAGAAGCAUAACAAACGCAGAAAGCUUAUUGGAGUUCCACCAGAAACUUCUCCAAUAGCGGGUUCUAACAUGGAGAUAGAAGGACAGUCAGACGUGGUGGCUUCAGCAGAAGGUUUCGCAAAAGCAAUGGGUCCAGUGGCCAUGCCCCCUUCGACAGCAACAACUGAAAUGGGUGAAGAAAAUUAAAGCAAGUUAUUAUUAAGUGAAUAUGCCUAUCAGUAAAUCCACAAGCUAUAGUGAUAGUAAGGUCAAGUAAGAACUUAAAUUUGAUUUCGUACUUGUCUUUGAUUCAUGGCAAAAGCAGAACAUGGUUUUUUAUUUUCUUUUCCCUUGUUUCUUGACUUCGGAGACGGUCUUGGAUGAUGGGGUGUUUUCUUUUUAUUUUCAAUGGUAUUAUGGUAUGAAAGCUAUGGACUCCCUAAA